CUAGUUAACAUUUAAACAGAAAUAGGUCGUAGUGUUUGUCCACACUUCAUAAGAGUCAUUACUUUGUUGGACUGGCUUCUCACUGCUCCACCAGGACCAAUUCUGUAACGUGUCUGAGUGAGGCAAAGUUCCUUGGAGACCAUGCAGCUGGUGAUCCGCCCGUUCCGUCCCUCAGACAAGGACAUGGUACGUACUCUGUUCAGCAUCGGCAUCAAAGAACACAUCGGCCCGUGCUUUAACAAUGCCAUGACCAGCUCUCUCCACCUCGCCGUCACCCUGGCUCUGUGUGUCAUUGGCUACCUCCUCGGCUCUGUGUUGGGGGCCGUGCUGUUAACUGUUGUCUGGGUGGGCCUCGUCUACUACUGCUGCCAUGAGCUUUAUACAAGCCUUGUUGAAGAGAAACUCCGGACCGACAUGCAGGACAUCCCUGGGAAUUAUCAGAGCAGACCUGAUGACUGUUUCUGGGUGGCUGAGGCUGAGGUUGAUGGGAGGCCGCAAAUCCUGGGUAUCGUGGCUGUUUUGGCCAAACAAAGUGGGAAGGAAAGACACGGGGAACUCUUCAGAAUGAUUAUCUCUCAGUCGUGUAGACGGAUGGGCCUGGGCACCAGACUGACUCAGACUGUGAUUGAGUAUUGUAAAGAACGAGGUUUCUCCAAGGUGGAGCUGGAGACGAGUUCGACUCAGGCUGCAGCUGUGGCGCUGUAUGAGAAACUGGGGUUUACCCUGGUCCUCACAUACACUCCAACAUAUACUUCUGACUGGGUUGUACAACUGACAAGGGUCAAGUUUUUAAAAAUGGAAAAACUGCUGUAGUCCUGAGUUAUCUCUGAUCAGAUAUGAAUGUUUCUUCAUCUGUCAUCAAUAAGACUUAACUGAAACCAAAUUUCUCACACGUUGUCUCACAAAAACAAAACAAAGCCACAUGUCAAGGUGGCCAUGCAUUAAAAUCAGGGAUGUAUGACAUAUUGAGCAUAUAGGUUAUAAUCUAGAUUAUGAUCAAGUGAAUAUUUGAUUAUCACGAUAAUACACC